GUGACUCACCCCUUGUUUGUUGAGGUGUUUGUUAUCGUAGAGGUGUUCAGAGGUUAUGGAAGGAUGUUGGGCCAGACAAAUGUGAUGACCGAGUUAAGGAAAUGGAAACUAACAAUAAUCGAGAAGCACAGACUGGAGAUGAAGCAGCAGAGUGAGAAGCAUGCUGAGCACAUUACCCAUCUGAGCAGCCAAAUAGACAACCUUCAGGGCUUACUGCAGACCUAUGAAACAUCUAUACGCAGGAAGGAUGAGGUCAUUUCUAACCUGACCCAUGCCUUUGAGAAGCACAAGGAAAAGAUCGAGCUCAUGCGAGCUUUUACCCACUGGCGACUCCAGCAGAUAGAAGCCAGACAAGAGGAUUAUGCAUGCAGUCUGGCUGAUAGACAUUACAGAAAGGUAUUGCUGAAGAAUAGCUGGAGAACCUGGCACUCUGCUAUUGAAGUAAACUGGAAAGAUAAAGUGGAGCAGGCAUGUCGAGCCCGAGCUGAAGAAGUGUGUAUUCAGUUGUCUAAUGACUAUGAAGCUAAGGUUGCACAGCUGAAUCGAGCCAUAGAAGAUGCAAAAGCAGAAGUACAGAGACUUCUUACGGAGAGGGAUCACUUUGAGGGCACAAUGAAGAAAGCCUUCAUGCGGGGCGUAUGUGCGUUAAACAUGGAAGCAAUGUCAAUGUUUCAAGGGAGAGAAGCCCACAUGGACCAUGAUCCUCCAAGGAGGGAAGACCUUGGCUCUAGUCCUUCUGUGACAUUUCAGCAACCACCAGCCUCGGCUCCUCUGAUGUCCUCCCAACACGAUGUCUACUCACCUGGCCACACUCUAGCUGGACCUUUGGAGCCGAAUUUUAGACCUCACUUUGGUCCAUCAAGUAUUUCCCAGUCUAAGGAUGAUGACAGUACUCCAGUUGUAAUUUCUGCCACUACGUCUGGAUCCGGUACAUUAUCCACACAGAAGCUGCCAAUGACAAGAGUUGUAACAUCCGCACAGCAGAAGGCUGGAAGGACUAUAACAGCCCGGGUGACUGCGCGCUCAGAUCUAGCACAGAAGAUCAGUAAGACUGGCGCUAACAUCACCUCUAUGGGCGUUUCCCCACCAAUGAGCUCCAUUGUGGUUGAGAAACAUCAUCCAGUUACUCAGCAAACAAUCGCUCAGGCCACGGCAGCAAAAUACCCCCGCUCAGCGUUGCAGAGUUCCAGCUCCAUGAGUGGCAGAGGAACUGGGCACAGUACACGAGCAACCCAAGUUUACAACAGUGUCCAUUCCAUAAAAGUCGUCGAAUGAUCUCCUUCGGCCACAGAUUGGUGAGAGAGAGGAAAGUCUCGGAACCCAUCCGACAGUGUGGCUAUCAUAUCCCCACAUGAGGUCAGGUGUGAUUGGUUCUACCUACACCUCUGUUUUAUAUAUUUUUAUACCUGUCUUUCUGCUUGCAGUGAUGAAGAGUGCCUUAAAUUUGUUGUAUAAUUAUCACCAAUGUAUUUU